GCUCCACUCCCAAGAGCUGGUCUCCAAUAUAACCGGCGGCCAGCCUAAACGGUUGACAGCCCCCUCUUUCUGCUCCUCCUUACCGGGACCUGUCACGGAGCGAGGGAGGGCGGAGCCUAUAGCGGAAAUCCCAGUAAAGCAACUCACUGCGCAUGUGCCUACUCGCGGCCGUCUUUUACCCAGAAGUCCUUUGGGGCCGCCAUAGUUGCUGAGCCGUGUGCCUCCCCGCUUUUUCUAAGCAUUAGUUUGUGGGCGCCGUAGUGCGAGAUUGGCCCCAUUGGUGGGUUAGGGAAGCCGGCGAGAAGGUUCCUAGGAGCUCAGACAUCCGGCUGGGAGAAAUAUGAGCUGGCGGGACGGUUCAGCUGACGGAAGACCGGCCAGGAGGGACACCCGGUCCCCGGCCAGGAGGGACACCCGGUCCCCACCCAGGAGAAAUCCGUAUGUACCGAGAGACAGGAGUGGUCCUGACCGUGACUUCCGCCCUUCCUCUACGGAGAACCCCAGGAGACCUUCCCAGAGGACGGAUCAGAACCGACGGGACAAGGAUGAGCGGAUGACUCAGGAUAGAACAUGGAAGGACAGAGAUCCCGACCGUUCCAUGAGGAAUGACGGGGAGAGGAACCGAAGACCCGAGACUAGGAUGACCGGUGAUCGGGAGAGGAACCAAAGACCCGACACCACGCCACCCAACAAUCGGGAAAGGAACCGAAGACCCGACACCACGCCGCCCAACAAUCGGGAGAGGGACCAAAAACGCGAGACCACGUCAAGCAACGAUCGGGAAAAGGACGAAAAAUCCAAGACCACGCCAAGCCAAAAACCCGACGUGCCUGAAAAACCCCAAAUACCCACGCCCACGCCGAGCAAUGGUCCAGAAAAGCAGAAAAAAACGGAGCCCGCGCCAAAAAUUCCGGAUCCCCCGCAGAGCCUUGUCCAGGGAGUGGUCCCGGAGCACAUCCGAAGAUCCGUGUACGUCCUGAAGGAUUACCUGCCCAUAAAGGAGCGGGAGCCAAUCAUCGGGCUGGAAUACGUCAUGGAGUACCGGGUCCAAAUCCGAGAGGCUAGAGUGGAGAUCAAGUACUUCUGUGAGCUCUGCGAGAUGGACAGCGCCGUGGUCCCCAUGUUGGACCAUUUGUGCGGGUAUAAACAUCGCAAGAACUAUGUGGCCAAAGAGUACCCCUUUGUUCUGAGGGCGCUUUUCAGCAGCAAGGAGGACCGGGCGCUCUUCAUGAGGAGGAUGGCGGUGGAGAUCGAGGAGGAGGAUGGCGUCAAGAUGUACAAGAAUGACCCCAUCGUUAGAAUGGUACCAAUGAUGAAUGUGAAGUCAACAGAAGCUAAAAAAUCCAAGCGGAAAACAAGGUGGGAUCCUGAAGGAGAAAGACAAAAGAAAAUGAAGCAAGUUCUGAAAAUUCUGGACUCGUUUGUGAUUGGGGAUGAAGAUGAAGCGGCUACAGUCACAAGGCUCCUGCAGAAGGUGACCUCUGUAGUGAAGUUUCACACGGACAAGAUAAAAGAACAAUCUCUUUUCCCGGUGAAAGUGGCCAGGGCACAGAAUGUGGCCACGACAUUUGUGAAGAAUGCGAUUAGAGCGCGCCUGGCAGAGCAGAAUAUAUUCCCACUGUUAGAAUUAGGAAACAUCAGUCUCCAUACCUUAGGUCGUCCGUUUCACCCAGACGAUCUGAAACCAAUGAGGACUCUCAAUGCUACUUUAGCACAAAGGCUACAAGGACCCCCACUUAUCAAAGCAAAGCCUAAUCCUCAAAUGCCCUUGCCACAAGCUAACACAGAUGUAGAGAUUGAUGAAACCGAUGAGGAUAUCGAGUUUUUUAAGCAAUUAGUAGCAUUGCUUGAGCUGCUUCCAGAGGAUCCCACAACAACAACAACCACAACCAGUUCAAAGAUGGAUUCAGAAAUACUCCUGUUGCAAUCGUUUUUGCGAGAUAACGCAAAUCUAGAAAAUGCACCAGCCAACCAGUUAAUGCAAGCUGUCCCUUUGACGCAGAAUCUGGCAAGUAUGGGAAAUGUUACUCCGUUUCAGCAGUUGAAUAUAGCGGCAGCUACAAAUCCUGCAGCCGUGGCUCAGUUCACUCCAAAUGUAUUAAUGCCAAUGGCCCCCGUGGUACAAAAUCCAACCCUUGUGGAAAAUGCACAGGCAGAUCAGAAUUUACUACUGCAAAUGGUAGAAUUACUUCAAGGCAAAAAUCCGAUCGUGAAUACAUCUUUGCUCGAAAACCAGAACCUUCAAAAGCGAGAAUGUAUUGAGACGGUCAAUCGUUCAGCGGUGAUGGUGGAGCCGACUGCUCAUCGGCCCCCGUUUAUGGAUACGCUUGUUACCACGUCCAGAGGCAACGAAGGGUUUGGCUUUGAGCGACCGAUGGCAGGAAAAUUUGAGAAUACUAAUAAAAGGCAGUAUGAUGACUCUGACAAGUCUGCGGGCUACAGGUCAAAUGAACCUAAACGUAAUUUGUUUGCAGAUAUGAGUAGCAACACCGGUGUGCGCAAAAGAAAGUGGGAUGUGCCCUUUUUUAUUCCUAAGAAAGGUGAAAAUCGAGCAGAGCAAGCCCCCUUUACUAGGGUCUCUCUGCCGCCUCCCAACAUUCAAAGAUUAGAAAAUGAAAGGUUGCAAGGUAUCGGUUAUGAACGUGACUUAAGACCAGACUACAGAUCACAUGAAGCCAGGCCUAAUUUCGGCGGACUUGGUUCAAGGCCAUUAGAUGAUCCUGCGUGGGCAGGAAGGGAGCGUGACAUGCCUUUUGGAAAGCGCGCUAAACUGGACAGUGGUUUUGCAACAACACGGAACGCAGACUGGGGGGGGCGCUAUCCUGAGGAACGUGGCUCCAUAGAUACUGGGGCACCGAAUCUGUCGGCAGAUCUCUUGAAAAUGAUUCGAGGAAAAGAUUUGUAUACAGUAUCCGCCAUUCUCAGUGGAUACACAAAGUGAUCCUUAUAACUAAACACAUUAGAAAUAGAUUUUCCAGGAAACAUAAACCGCAGACGCUCAACCAUGUUUGUGAUCCUGAUUUCUAUAACUUAGGGAUUUUUUGUAUGUGUUUGUCUGUUUUAAGGGACAAGUAAAAGAAAGAGAAUUUUUUUUUUUUUUGUAAAUAAAAAAUAACAAAAUAUCAGACACAAAAAAAUGCCGAAAAAUUAUUUCUGUGCAAUUGCAGAUCCAUUUUUUUUCUUAAGUACUUCCAAAUAAUUAAAACUGAAGUUUAAUCCGCUUUUA